AGAGAGCGAAGAAAACUUAUUGUUAGUUAACCAUCAGAGUGAAGUUUUGCCUACCAAUCACGAAAGGGACAUAAAAGCUCACUAUGCUCUUAUGAAUACACAACCCAAAACUAGUUAUAGAAAUUUUUACAGUGAACAUAUAGAAGAUAUGGAGAGCUUGAGGACAAACUACAAUUGUCAAGAACACUACCUAACAGAAGCAAAACGUUUAAAGCAUCUGGCUGAUGCAGAGCCAGAUCAUACUACUCAGUCUUUACUUUAUUUGGAAUGUGGCAUGUACUUCGUAUUGACGGGUUACAUUAUGGAGCCGGGUAUGGAUCGUGCUGCAUUCAGAAUGUACACAGAUACUUUGGUGAUCAUCAAGUUUAUGGCCACAAAGUUAAGUGAAAAGGUCGAAAAAGCAGAAGAUUCGAUAGGGAAAUUAACUAAUAUCAAAAUACUAAUUUUGAGCUUAUGGGUCCAAUCAAUUUUAUGUCAGAAAUUAUACAACAUGUCGUUCAAUGAGUUGAAGGAAACGCACAACGUCAUAAGUGAAUACUGCCAAAAAUGUUUGCCUUCUGCUAUUCAACAAGAAGGUCAAGCAGCCACGCCAUGUCUGUCUCCUACACCUUCUCCUGCAGGUUCAGUCAAUUCCGUGAACAGCCAAAGCAGUGGCUACAGCAGCGCAGAAUUUGCAAAUCGAGUAUCCGUGCCGACAUUAUUAACGAUGCCCGUUAAUGUUCAAUCAGCACUUUACAAAUACCAAAAAGAUAUGGGCUUUCUGAUGGGAGCUCACGAAAAAUGGGACAAAGGAUGUGCACUUGUGAAAGACCUCAAUUGCGGUUUUUUCAAAGAAUUGGAUAGAAGUUAUGGACCACUUUCGCUUCAAAGUUCGCCUGCCGAUUUGGCUCGUUACGUGCAAGCAGGGAUCAAGAAAAUACGAGAGCUCUGACCCACGUGGCUACAACAAUACCAAAUGGAGUCGAAACCAUCCACUCCAACAACUACGUACGUGAGCCCGCUAUCUCAGUACAGUAAUAGUAAUAGUCGAUCAACCAUUUGCACUUAGGAAAAUUUUACGGAGUUGUGAGAUAAUGGUGACUGCCUCUUUUCACACUAAAACUGUUUGCAUAACGAACAAUUUCAGAAACUGAAAGGUCUUGCCCUAUUUUAAUUAAAUUAAAGAGCUCAGUUUUUUCAAAACUACAGAAUAGUUAACUAUUCUAAUUUAAUCACAAUUAACGGAUCAUGCUUUGAAGUUCUUUGACUGAAGCCAAGGGGUUUUCAACAGAUAUAGAGUCAAGUCUUCCGUAUACAAAAGCCAAUGUAUGAAAUAUUUUUUCUCACUUUUUAAAUCGAUUAAUUUUAUAAUGCGAGACAUAACAUAUGUUUUCACUAUACAUUUCAUUUCGAAAGUACUUAGUUGUUUUUGUAUCGCACGACCGUUAUGAAGAAAGAGAGCUCGAUUUUUAAACAAAGUUCUAAUCUUAGAAAAAUAUUAUUCAAAUCUUAUUAAUCAAAUCUUAUUAAAUGAAUCACUUCAUUAAUAUAAUUAUUUAAUGAAUGAUAUUCAGUAGCAGUAUUUAAAUAACUUAUUUAGACAGCUUAUAAGAUUUAGGAAAUUCCCUAUUACCAUUUGACUAUUCGUGUUUUAUUUUGAAAUUAAAAACAUUAAGUGAUUUAAAGUGAAUAAGAUUUGAUCUUACUUUAGUUAAUUAUAUUGUUAUUGUUACUGACAUUAAAAAGAUGUGUGAUAAAAAAAUUUCGCGUGUGAGCAAUUCAUGGUCUUAAACAAGAAAGUGCCACAAAGAGAAUCGUGGAGGUUACCUGAAGAAUUAGGACAAACAAAACCUAAAGGCUUUUUGCUGUCUAACUGAUAGAAUCAACUACGUGUAUAUAAGGAGAAAUAAGAAUCACAAAACAGAAUAGUUUAUUACUUUUACGAAAGAAAUCAUCUAAAUUAUGAUAUACAUAUAUACAUAAAUAUAUAUAAAAGUAUGAAGAUAUUAUAUCGUGCAUAAUUUAUUCGCGUAUUUAGAAAAUGACGAAAACACCACGUGUAAAUUUUUAAAUAAAUUGUGUUUUUGUUGUAUUCUAACAAAACUUAAACUUCAAUCGUCAUGAAAAUGCAUAUAAUGGUAGAUAAAAGGAAAAUUAAAUGAUGAUUGUAUUAUGUUACCAAGUUUCUGAACUACCAUGAUACAAAUGCCCCUUGGUAACAUAAAAAACGUCGUUAUGAAUACAAUUCUAUAUAUAAACUCAUGUAUUUAGUAGAUUAAAUAAAAAAGAAAAAAAGAAAAAAUAAUAAAGCAAAUAAACUGAAAAA